AUGCUUCCCCUCGACGGUGUAACAGUUGUAAGCUUGGAGCAUGCCAUCGCGGCGCCGUUCUGCACGCGCCAGCUCGCCGACCUGGGUGCACGUGUGAUCAAAGUCGAGCGCCCAGGCGUAGGCGACUUUGCUCGAAGCUACGAUACUCGCGUGCGCGGCCUAGCAUCUCACUUUGUCUGGACCAACCGCUCAAAAGAGAGUCUGGCACUUGAUGUCAAGAACCCCAGGGACUUUGAGGUGCUGAGGGCGCUUCUUGCAAAGGCUGAUGUCUUGGUGCAGAACCUAGCACCUGGAGCUAGCCAGCGCCUCGGGCUGUCCUUUGACGACUUGAAGGAUGAACACCCAGGCCUCAUUGUCUGCGACAUCUCCGGUUACGGUUCAGAUGGCCCUUACCGUGAUAAGAAGGCAUAUGACUUGCUAGUACAAAGCGAGGCCGGCCUCCUCUCUGUGACAGGGACACCGACCGAACCUGCAAAGGUUGGCAUCUCCGUCGCCGACAUUUCGGCGGGGACCUUCGCAUGUCAAAACAUCUUGGCGGCACUGCUGAAGAGAGGCAAGACGGGCAAGGGAUCCCACAUCGACAUUUCCAUGCUUGAGGCUAUGACAGAAUGGAUGUCCUUCCCGCUGUACUACGCCUUUGAGGGAGCCCCAGGCCCAGACCGUGCGGGCGCAGCACACGCAGCGAUCUAUCCGUAUGGGCCGUUUGCAACGAGUGGCGGUGGAUCCGUGAUGCUGGGUAUCCAGAACGAACGGGAAUGGACAAAUCUGUGCGCAAAGGUGUUGGAGAACGCUGAGCUCGCAAAGGACGAGCGGUUUGUCAACAACUCGCAACGGACAAAGAAUCGCGAUGCUCUGAAGGCAAUAAUUCUAGAAGCAUUUUCGACCUUGGAGGCGGAGGAAGUUCUCGCAAGGUUGGACAAGGCAGGCAUCGCCAAUGCAAAAGUCAACGACAUGCAAGGCGUCUGGGACCAUCCUCAGUUACGAGCACGAGGACGCUGGACUGAGAUUGAUACGCCGGCUGGCAAGGUUCCAGCGCUUCUCCCGCCGGGCGCAAAGGAUGCAGACUCUGUGAGAAUGGAUGCUGUCCCUGCGCUUGGCCAGCACAACGCAGCAAUAUUUGAAGAACUGGGCUUCUCCCAGCCCAAUGAUUCGAAGGAAGAGUCAAAAGACACCAUCCUAGACACAUCCUUGGUCUAG